GGAUUAGUUGUCAUACCAUAAUUUUCCUCAACUCUCUCCCUCGCCUUUUCAAACAGAAUUCGCCACUCACGUCAUGGAGCCAUCGGCGACUGCCUCGCAUACCCUCCAACGGCCCCCUUCUUCCACCUCCCGCACUGCUCAACCUCCAUCCACGACGCCUAGCCUAAACAGAAUUCCUCAAGGUUUGUAACUCCCGCCGUCAUGAAACGUGUGUACUAUCUCCUGCUCCAAUUGUCUUUAGGUGAGCAGUUUGAUUUAUCUAGAACUGAAGCUGCGUUGAAUGAGUUGAACCACGAAUUUGGUCGGUUUGGAUUCAAGGAAAGUUCGCGGGAUUUUUUGGGUCUGGCAGAUGUUUUGUUCAAAGAACUUGAUAGGAGGUUUAAAGGAGUUUUUCGUGAUUUGAGAAAUGUCUCUUUUAGCCCUUCUCCUGAAGUUGCUCAUAAAGAUAAUGAUUUGUGGGAUACCAUUGAAGAGUUUAUGUUGCUCUUAAGAAGUUGUUUGGUUAUCAUGACUCUCGUCGAGUUUGAGCAAGACGCUUUACUUGAAAAGGCCGGAUUCCUUCUUUCAGUUCUCAGGAAAUUGCUCCAUUUGAUUACAACUGGAAAGGAGGAGAAAGAGUCAAUCAGCUUGGAAAAGUCUUUUUUACACGAAUGCAAAAUCACUGGAUCUGAUUGUACUACCUUUGUCUCUGAGGAUUUGUUUGCUUCCUUGUGUAUUUUAGAACCUUCUGAUCCAUGCCAUCCAUUUAUAUGUGCAGUCCUUGAGGUAUUUGUGGACGAGCUUCUGAUGCAUAGAUCGUUAAGAGAAUACUUCAUGCUGGUAGAUUCUGCAUCUUCUACUAAUAAAAUGGUAUUUGUGCACAACCUAGAUCAUGGUGGAAUUGGGACAGUGCUGGAGGUCAUUUCUGCUCAUUUUAUCUUGUCGGUCUCUAAUCAACAGGCAUUUCAUAAUUUCCUCAAUAGACUAUAUUGGGCACGCUAUGGGGAUUUAAAAGUUCCUGAAUUAAGCCUGACCUCAGCUUUAUCAUUACUUCUAAAUCCUGUCAUGCUCUCUGCACCCAAACUGUUCCAGGCUCAUUUUAUUUCACUGGUUUGUGAAGUCAUUGGCGUUUUCUUGAAAUCCCCAAACCCAGAUCAGAGGCUUAUGGAUUGGUACCUUGUAGGGUUUGAAAAGGCAAUCGUGUUGUAUAAUAGGCAUAUUUCUAAUUCUUAUAUGAAAGAUACCCCAUUGAAUUCCAAUGGCUGUUUUUCCGAUCCAAGUGUGCCAUGGAAUAGUGCUCAGCAACCUUUUGAAUCUUAUAUCCAUCAAGUUAGGAGAGAAAAAAUUAACCAUCUUUCUUCCAAAUAUGAAAACACAUGUUUGUUUUUUAGGGAAAAAUCAGAGCUGCUAGCCUUAUCGAUUUCGUAUGUCGAGGAGAACAGACAUAUUUUGGAUGAAUCACUUGAAGAUGAUCCUUUAUCAAUCUUACAUUGUAUACUUCUUGGAGCUUCUCAGGAUGAUGUUAAUGACACUGAAAUUUACAAGGCUGGGUAUACAAGUCAAUAUGAUAUUUAUCUUCUUGCUUCUAUAUUGAAGUUGAUGAGUUCAUCAUUUUUGCCUGCUAUCCGGUGUCUAAGGCACCAUGGAAAUUCAGAUGGCCUUAAAACCUUACUAGACGUUUCAUCUAGUAAGGAGUACAGUUUUAUUUUGAGUAUCAUUAGCUGUUUUCAGGAAUUUGAUAUUUUCUUACCAAAUCAGAAUCUCAUAUCUGAAGUGAUGAAAUCUCACCCAAAGAGGCAUAAGAAUUCCAAGUGGAUGUUCCUGCAUUUUAUAGGACUACUGGCAUUAAGCUUUUCUAUAGGGUCUGACAUCUUAGUCAAAGACUGUGUACUUGCAAUUAUGGCAACGUUGAAUUUGUUUGUUUUUGAAGAGGGAGAUUUAGAUGCUUUAUCAUCAUUAAUUGGCUCAGCUAAAGAGGGUGUCUACCACCUAAAAUCUAGUAAAACAGUUGCAAUGGAGUUCCAAAAGAUUCAGACAAUUCACGUAAGUACAACUUCUCUCGAAAGCUGCCAUCAUAGAAUACGGGAUGAGUCAGGACAAUGGUUGGAAACUGCAGCCAUUCAUAGUAGUGAAAAGGAGAGUAGUAUUGAAGUAGAGGAAGCGGAAGAAACUUGGAGUGGGGAGAUAUUUCUAAAAUGUUUGGGCUCUUCAUCCCAUGAUGAUAUAGUAGACUUUGUGGAGUGCAAGCGUGGGAAGGAUUAUUCGCAGUGGAUGAAGAAUAGACAAAAAUAUCGCAAAUGGAAAUCACAUAAAUUGGCAGUGUUGAGAUGGAAGAAAAAGAAACAUAUCUGGAAAUGUAUCAAAACAAAAAAUGAUAACUGAUUUGCUAACAUAGCUUUCUGGGUAUAUAGUUUUUUUUAACAAAAGAAUUUUAGAUCUUGUCUCAUUUCCGUUCUCCGUGUACAAACAAUCAAAUUGAAACUCCCGGAUCAAAAGACUCAUUCAAAGUGAAUUCUGUAAAAAUCUUGCUACUGCACCAAUUGAUUCACUUGUUACACUCGUUUCUA